GAUGCUCGUCCGGACGAUGAACAGGGAGGGUGAGCGGGAUCGGGCUCCUGAUGUGUUGGCGCACUGGAUCAAGGUGUUCGAUGACUUCUCCCCUAAGUGGGUGAACGCCAUUUGCACCGACUCCGCCUCGGCGUACGUCGCCGCGGCGAACAUGCUCCAGGGGCCCCAGCAGAGGCCGGAGCAUCGACGGAUCACGUGGCUCCCAUGUGCAGUGCAUGUCUGCAACAAGAUGUUGUCAGACAUUGGCUGUUCGGGCCCGUGGUCCGAGGACAUCAUCGUGAGGGGGAGAGCGGUGGUGCGCUUCAUUAAGGAGCACGACGCCGCUCUCCAUAUCUUCCGGGGGGAGAGCACUCAGAUGGGCCUCAUCUAUCCUUGCGAGACACGUUUUGCAUCCGUGUUCGCGAUGGUGGAGCGUUUGCUGACACUGAGGUCAACUUUGGAGAGGACGGUGGAUGGCGAUACUUGGGGUAUGGUCCCUUGGGACCAUUCCGUUCGUCAGUUGGCUAGGUGGGUCAGGUGGCAGGUGCGACAUGGCAGUUGGUGGGAUUCCAUGGGCAUCUUGUUCCGUAUCAUGGAGCUUGUGUACGACCUGCUGCGCAGGUUGGACCGCGGAGGGCUGCACAUGUCGCGGGUAGUUGAGUGGACCCAGGAUCUGGCACGCCAGGUAGCAGAGGAGGUUUGUGCACUUCCGGCAGAUCUUGCACACUACAUUGUGCAGAGGGUGCAGGCUCGAUGCGCUCACAUGCUGGAGCCGGCGCACGCCGCUGCUCACCUUCUCUGUCCCAGCCGGCGGGACUUGUGGUACUUCAAGGGCGUGGUCAGCGAGUACGACGCGAGUUUGGUGAGGGAGGCGGAGACUUACAUCUUGUCGCAGACAGGGUUCAGUGUGGCGAGCCAUGACUACGAGACCGCAUGUGCACAGUUGCGCAACUUCCACACAAGGAGGGGGACGAUUGCUUGGGGGGGGAGAGAUGGAGAUAGAGAUGCACAGAUGUGCAGGGGCGAUGCGGAGACGUACGAGUCCGGGUGUUGGUGGUCGCGGUACGGCCAGUGCGCCCCGCAGUUGCAGGUUAUCGCUCUUCGUGUGAUGUACAUGUGGACGUGCUCCUCUCCUGCGGAGAGGAAUUGGGCCGUCCACGAGGGUGUACAGACGAAGAAACGUAACCGGCUUGAGUUCGAGAAGGUCGCGAAACGGAGUGGCGGAGAUGACCUUUUCGUUGGAGUUGAUUUGGAGGAGUCUGGGGGUCGUCAUGGGAGUCCUUUAGAGCGUCCGAGGCCUACGUCCACUGCUCCGCUUCCCGCUGAGCGGGAGACAGAUCCUGGGUCUGCACCUUCGAGGGGGGCUGAGUCAGGGAUUGGCCAUCGUCCUCUGGGUCGCUCUGGCACGGCAUCAUCCACUGCUCUUCCCACUUCGACGGACCAACUUCAUCGACCGCCAGCCGGUUCAUAUCGAUUGCAGAGAUUGGUGAGGGGCCCGAGACAACGAUUGGAGGACAGAUUGGAGGGCGGUCCUAUGCCGGUGCAGGGUGAUGACGGAGACAGACAGGGGUUGGUUGGUGGAGAUGGUGGUGCGUUGGCCGGAGGUGGAGGCGGUGCCGAUGUUGAUGCGGCGGUUGAGGGGAUACCGAUGGAGCGGCGGAGGCGGAUUCAAGGUUCACGACACGAUGCAGCGGGAGGCGGCUUCGAAAGAGGUUUCGAGUACGGGAGUAGAUGUUCAGCAGGGGACGCACGAGAGCGGAUUGGCACCGACAGAGGAGCCACGUUCGGAGCCGGCGCAGCCUCCUGCCGUGCAGAUGAGGCCAGAGGAGACAUUGCAGGAGGUCGCGGGCGUGCCUCUGCCCGCGGGUCGGAGGUGCGGCCCGCAGCCGAUCCGAUGUCCACGUCUGGCGGGGGAGACCCCGCACAGGUGGACAGGCGUGACGCGGACGGACAGGAGAUGCCACARACUUUGGUGGUUCGCACUGCUGUGGGGCCAGUGGUGCCACAUCAGGCACCGUUUUUGGAGGGUUAUAGGCGUCCUGCACAUGGCGGUGGCCCGGUCGAGGAGCGACGUGUAGGCAGGGGCGCGUGCAUACCCCCGGUCCCUACUUUUGCGCCGUCACGGAUGAGGUCGGAGAUUAGGCAUAUGGCUACGCCUCGAGGCAGCCUCCCUUUUGGUUUUAUGACCGCUGAGGAGUUGGAGGACCACGGCAGGAGGGAUUUGACGGAGAUCGACCAGCGUGUUUUGAGCUUACCUUCUGGGUGUUCCGUCGCAGCGCCAUCUGGCGGGGCUGCAGGGGGCUUACCUUCUGGAGGUUCCGUCGCAGCGGCAUCGGGCGGGGCCGCAGGGGACUUACCUUCUGGAGGUUCGGUCACAGCGCCAUCUGGAGGCGCCGCAAGCCCUUCGUCACCCUUGAGCGCAGCUCUGAGGGAGGGAGGCAGCCUUACCCUGAGGUCGGUUGCCCGUAGACGGAGAGACACUACCCAGUGUGCACGGGAGUUGCUGGACACCAUGUUGUUCGGUCGCACAGAUCGACCAUGGAGUGAGACGAGACGGGUGACGACGGCGAGUGUCGGUCGUCAGCCAGGUUUGAGAGGGGUUUCCACGAGCGCGAAACGUCGAGAUGUUGUAGCUGCAGGGUUUGGCGGCAGAGGGGGUGGCGACGGUGGCAAUGGUGGCGACGGUGGCAAUGGUGGCGACGGUGACGGCAGACGUGAGGGCGCAGGCAGUGCCACGACGAGUGCAGCGGAUCCGCCGCGGACGUACGGUUUGAGAGAGGCGUCGAUUAUUCUGGAGGAGCCUGAUGUUGUUACACGACUGAGGCAGGCCUGACACGUGCCCUUAGAUCGACGCAAGGAGGGGGAGACUUCAGGGACUGACGGUCUACCUAUGGCACGCGAGUCACGCCGACGUGA